ACGGUGACGAUGACCCCAGCUGCUCGUGGCCUCCCUCGUCGCCGUCCAGCAAGGACCACGCGUCGCCCAACCCCGGGGAGACAGGAGAGUUUGGGGGUGGGGAAGAGGAGGGCGUGCCCGGGCUGCCGUACCCUUGCCAGUUCUGUGAGAAGUCCUUCAGCCGCCUCGGCUACCUGAAACACCACGAGCAGAGCCACAGCGACAAGCUGCCCUUCAAGUGCACCUUCUGCAGCCGCCUGUUCAAACACAAACGGAGCCGAGACCGCCACGUGAAGCUGCACACCGGCGACAAGAAGUACCACUGCAGCGAGUGCGACGCCGCGUUCUCCCGCAGCGACCACCUCAAGAUCCACCUGAAGACCCACACCUCCGCCAAGCCCUACAAGUGUGCCAUCUGCCGAAGGGGCUUCCUCACCUCCAGCUCGCUGUACGGGCACAUGCAGGUCCACGACAAAGCCAAGGAGAGCGGGCAGGCCCUCUCCCGCCUGGAUGACUGGCGGCUCCACGACUCCCAGAAGUGCAGCCAAUGCGAGGAGGGGUUCGACCGGCCCGAGGAGCUGCAGAAACACAUCGCCGACUGCCACCCCGAGUGCUCGCCCUCCGAGGACCGAGAGACCUGCCAGUGCCCCUACUGCCCAGACCUCUUCCCCGAGGAGAGCGGCCUCCUCGCUCACCUGGAGCGGGCGCACGCCCGGGCCAAGGCCGGCCCCUGCUGCGGCGCCUGCGCCGAGCGCCCCCUGUCGGCGGGAGGUCCGUGCCCCCACCCCCGGCCCCCCUCGGAGACCGGCAACCGCAGCAACAGCCCGUCCACCGUCACGGUGGUGGGCUACACGUCGGUGUCGAGCACCACGCCCGACUCCAACCUCUCGGCGGACAGCUCGUCCGCUCCCGACCCCUCCGCGCAGGUCCCCAGGGGGCGCCCCAAGAGGCGGGAGGCCCAGCCGGCGCCUGAGGGGAGCCCGGCCCUGAAGAGGCCGAGGGCCAGCUACAGCUGCCCGCACUGCCACAAGCAGGUCUUUGGGAGCCUGGCGGGGCUGUUGGCGCACCUGAAGAGUGCCCAUGCCGAGCAGCCCGAGCAGGCCCACCCCUGCCAGCUGUGCUUGGAGGUGCUGCCCUCCAUCUACAACCUCAAUGAGCACCUCCAACAGAGCCACGAGGGCCUACAGGACUCCCCUCCCCUCGCCAGCACCACCCCGGCCUUGGUCUACCAGUGCAACUUCUGUCCCCAGGCCUUUGGUGACCUCAAUGGGCUACAGGAGCACAUCCGGUGUGUGCACAGCUAUGGAAACCUGCUGACCAAGGACAGCAAUGCCUUCUUCUGCCCACACUGCCUGAUGGGAUUCCUCACCGAGGCCUCGCUUGAUGAUCACAUCCAGCAGGUCCACUCUGAGCCCGCUGCCACCCGCUUCGACUCCCCGCUGCUGGCAGGCUCCAAGGAGGCCAUGGUGGAGGUCUUCUCCUGCUCCUACUGCACCAACUCGCCCAUCUUCAACAACGUCCUCAAGCUCCAGAAGCACGUCAAGGAGAACCACAAGAACAUCCCCCUGGCCCUCAGCAACAACAACCACCACCACCUCCACCACCUCCACCACCUCCACCACCUCCAUCACAGCAGCAAGCGCUCCAGCCGCGCUACCAGUCCCCUCUCGCCCCUGAGCACGGAGCAGGCCUCGGCCAAGGGGCCUCACGGUGCAGCUGGCACUGCCCCCUCACAGCCUGUCGGCGAGUAUUGCUGCAACCAAUGCCCGGGCACGUUCGCCACCUUCGACAGCUUCCAGGCCCACCUGAAGACCCAUGUGGGGAGUGCCAAAGCAGUGGUGUGCCCACAGUGCCACAAGGAGCUGCCAUCCCAGGAGGCCUUGCUGAAGCACGUCACUGUGCACUUCAUGAUCACCUCAACCUACUACGUGUGCGAGAGCUGUGACAAGCAGUUCACCAGCGUGGAGGACCUCCACAAGCACCUGCUGGAGAUGCACACCUUCGUCUUCUUCCGCUGCACCCUGUGCCAGGAGGUCUUCGACUCCAAGGUGUCGGUGCAGCUCCACUUGGCCGUCAAGCACAGCAAUGAGAACAAGGUGUUCCGCUGCACGUCCUGUGACUGGGACUUCCGCAGCGAGGCCGAGCUGCAGCUACACGUCAGGCACCACCACCUGGAGCACCAGGGCAAGGCGCACAAGUGCAUCUUCUGCGGCGAGAGCUUUGGCACCGAAGUGGAGCUGCAGUGCCACGUGACCAGCCACAGCAAGAAGUACAACUGCAAGUUCUGCAGCAAGGCCUUCCACGCCAUCAUCCUGCUGGAGAAACACUUGAGGGAGAAGCACUGUGUCUUCGAGGGCCAGGCUCGGGACUGCGGUGCCAACGGCUCGGGUGAGCAGGCCCACAAGGACGAGGCAGAGCUGAGGCAGCUGUUGGCCAACCACCAGGAGGUGCACAACAGCCACGAGGGAAGUGAGGAGGACGUGGACGCCGUGGAGACCAUGUACACCUGUGAUAUCUGUGGUGCGGCCUACACCAUGGACUCGCUCCUGCAGAAUCACCAACUGCGGGACCACAACAUCCAGCCGGGAGAGAGCGCCAUCAUCAAGAAGAAAGCUGAGCUCAUCAAGGGCAACUACAAGUGCAACGUCUGUUCCAGAACCUUCUUCUCAGAGGGUGGUCUUCGUGAGCACACUCAGACCCACCUGGGUCCAGUCAAGCACUACAUGUGCCCGAUCUGCGGCGAACGCUUCCCCUCCCUCUUGACUCUCACCGAGCACAAGGUCACCCACAGCAAGAGCCUGGACACGGGCACUUGUCGCAUUUGCAAGAUGCCCCUCAAGUGUGAGGAGGAGUUCCUGGAGCACUGCCAGAUGCACCCGAACCUGCAGAACUCGCUGACUGGCUUCCGUUGCGUGGUCUGUAUGCAGACGGUCACCUCUACCUUGGAGCUGAAGAUCCAUGGCACCUUCCACAUGCAGAAGACGGGCAGCUGCGCCAACCCUCAGCCUGCCCCCCACGGCCUGCCCCUGCAGAAACUCUACAAGUGUGCCUCGUGCCUGAAGGAGUUCCGCUCAAAGCAGGACCUGGUGAAGCUGGACAUCAACGGGUUGCCAUACGGACUCUGUGCCCACUGCAUCAACGGCAACAAGCAUGGCAGCCCAACGGUGGGAGUCACCAGCCUCAACGGUAACCGGCAGGUCUCGGAACAGAGCCCCGGCAACGGCAAGGGCGGGCCGGCCAAGAACCGAUGCCUGAACUGCAACGUGAAGUUCGAAUCCGACAGCGAGCUCCAGAAUCAUGUCCGGACCAUCCACGCUGAGCCAACCCCUGACAGUAACCAUCACCUGAAAACGCCCCAGGUCUCGCCUAUGCCCAAAGGCAGCUCCCCGCAACCAGAGGAGAAGAGAACGUACCAGUGCAUCAAAUGUCAGAUGAUCUUUCAGUGCGAGUGGGACAUCCAGGUUCACGUGGCCAACCAUAUGAUAGAGGAGGGCCUCAACCAUGAGUGUAAGCUCUGCAAUCAAACGUUCGACUCCCCGGCCAAACUGCAGUGUCAUCUGAUCGAGCACAGCUUCGAAGGGAUGGGGGGCACCUUCAAAUGUCCAGUGUGCUUCACAGUGUUUGUUCAAGCAAGCAAGUUGCAGCAUCAUAUUUUUUCUGCCCAUGGGCAGGAGGACAAGAUCUACGACUGUUCACAGUGCCCACAGAAGUUUUUCUUCCAAACAGAAUUGCAGAAUCAUACAAUGACGCAGCACAGCAGUUAAUGAUAUGAUGCGGAGCAAGUCGGCUUGUUUCGAAAUGGCGACAUAACUUGGAAGUAUAGGACCUCCUCACUCUUUGCACGAGAAUGUGUUCAUUGAUGGACAUUUUGAAGAGAUUAACAAAAAAAAACGCAAUGUACUAUAAUAUAAAAAGGAAACUUGCAUCAGUCAAAAUAUUGUUUUCUUUUCACAUUGUUUAACCCUUUAAGCCAACAUACCAAGUUUCUGUGUAUACUAUACAUCUAUAGUAUAUAUGAGAUGUGACACAUGUUAUGUUACCAAUCCCUUUCACCAGUCCAAAGCUGGUUUACCUCUCUCCCCCUCCCCCACCCCUGCUGCACCUUCCAACCUCCCAACCCCAAUCCCCCCCCCACCGACCCCGCACCGCUUCCCUCACCCUUAAACAAACAUAAACUGUAUUUGUGGAAUUUGACCAUCAUUAGCAUUGCCAUUCAUGUGAUAGACGUAAUGUAUAGCAAACAUCAGCUGUUCAUUCUAGAAAGCAUUGGAAAGUUCCUUGCCUUUUAAAACUUUCUUUCAACAAAAUUUCUGUACAAUCAACUUUCCAGUCAAUUAAACCCUGCUUAUCCAUAACUGUUAUGAAGUGUUAAUUCUGCUGUCUGAACCUGGAUUUUGCUGGAAUUACUGUGUUUAUAUAAGAAAUAAACCCAUGUAACAAUGAGCACUCCUUGUUCUCUGUGGUUAUCGACUUCUCGAUAAGAGGCAAAUUUGGAAACCAGCAAGGUGGAUUACUGACUCGCAAUCUUUGACCCAGCUACCUCUGGACUUCUUGUCACCACCCGCCAACAGGUGUACUGCAUGUAAGACCCUUUUAUCUAACCCAAAACAGGACUGUAAAAGACGGACCUACAGCUUUACAUCAGUGAGGCUUGGGUCAAAGGUUUCCACAGCUUGAUAUGAAGUAAUGCGACCUCCCAGCUUAUCAGAGUGACAUCAGCAGAUCGAUGAUAUUGUACACAACAAUUUCGGGACUCCAGACUUGGUGUGGUACAGCUGGUCGGUGGCAAUCUGGGUUUGCCCUUCAAAUAAACCAGAUUUUAACAA